AUGGCGGAGACCGAGGAGCGGAGCCUGGACGACUUCUUCGCCAAGCGGGACAAGAAGAAACGGAAGGAGAAGAGCAGCCGAAGUGCCGCCGCCGCAUCCAGCGCUUCCAGCGCCGGCUCCAACGCGGCAGGGGGGCCCGCGGGGGCCCCGAGACCGACUGAGGGCGGCGGCUCCGGGGCCGCCGCCGCCUCCAGCGCCGGCGGCGGCUCCUCGGCCAAGGCGGCGAGCAAGGAAGAGGAUGAUUGGAAGGAGUUUGAGCAAAAGGAAGAAAUUGAUUAUAGUGGUCUUAGAGUUCAGUCCAUGCAAAUAAGUGAAAAAGAAGAUGAUGAAAGUGAAAAGAGAGAAGAACCCAGUGACAGCUGGGAAGAGACUGGUGGUGGUGGUGGUGGUGUAGACAGAUCAUCUGGUCCUUGGAACAAGUCAGCUCCUGCACCAGCCCCUGUCGUUGAACCAAUUGUUACAGAAACUCCAGAGCCGGUGCAGACUGGUGGCGUGUACCGGCCGCCUGGUGCCAGAGAAGGCGGGCGGCCACGGAGAGCACAGCAAGGACCCCCGGAGAUCUACAGUGACACGCAGUUCCCCUCACUGCAGUCCACCGCCAAGCUUGUAGACAGUCGAAACCUAACAUCUUAUUCGCUUUCUUGACUGCAACUACACAGUGAGCAGAUGUCUUCAUCAAGCUGCCCAUGGUGAUGCCUAAAUCGUCCCCUUGAAAGAUCACAACUAAUUCAGACUCAUGUCACAACUUCUACCAGAGCAUGUAUAAGUGGUUUAAAACCUUUCCAGUAUUUAUUGCCUUGGUUUUUCCUGUUGACAACUCACCUGCCCCUGAUUUGCCAAGUUUACAGAGUCAUUUAGAGUUUUAGCCCAGUAUCUUCCAUGGGGAUUGGCUUUUGCCAUUUGAUGUACUGAAGUCUUCAGUUUCAUGUAUACUCUUCUGCUCAGUGAGUAGCAUGGCAAGCUCUUACUAAUUUUUGCUCAAUCUGAUGUUUUCUAUUCCUUUUCAUGUCUCCUAUUUUCUGUACUGAAUUUCCAUUCUAGCUCAGUUACAGCAAUGAAGUCAUCACGUAACAUCCGUCUGCUUUAUUUCAAGUAACUUGCCUACAGAAAACUCUUAGUUAAAAUAUUGUCAUAAGCUUAUUUUUUUAAUUAAAACAAACCACUUAUUCUGUAUAUCUUUCAGUGUAUGUACAACCAUAGCAAAGUGAUUGAAACCAUAAAAACUGGCUGAUACAAUAGAAAAAAUUUACUCAGAAAAAGGAAAAAUAUGUGCAUGGUUAACUUCACUGGUUUCAAUGGAGUUAUUUUUGUCACACAAGGUCAGUUCCAUUAACUUUUUAUUUGAGAUCACAUCACUUGAAGUCUAGGUGUGACAGCCAGAAUCAAGUGCCAGUGAACAAGUUCCAUAGAAACUUGUUUUAAAUUUCUGGAUUUUUCUUUCUGCCGGAGAUAAAGCAGAAGCAUUACUAUGAGUCUCUGACCAGCAACCACAUGAGCUCAGCCGUGCUUAAUCUAAAACACCUGUAGCAGUAUUUGAAACUGCAUUACAGUAUUUGAGAUAAAGCAACAGUGGAGGGCAGGCUUAGUCUUCGUGGUUUGUUUCAUUUCUUCAUUCUCAUCAUCUUGUGCUUUAAAGAGCAUGGAGCUGUAAAUUAUGUUGUCUUUAAGCGCUGACUGCAUUUCCCAGUCAUGUUAUGUUUACAGAUACAAACUAUGUGUCAUAAGCCUGCUAGGAUGUACAGCCUGACCCUUGAGAGCUGCAUUACCUCAGUUAUCAGAGUACCACAUCCUAGAGAGCAGCUGCCUUCCAGUAUCAAUGAAGAUACCAGGUUGAGAACAAUGUACCUUGGAUUUUACGUCCAAAUAGCUGUAUCUGUUAGAUGUCCUAUUACAGUAUUCUCUCAAAAAACAGUUUUGGCUGCUGGGAGUUAAGUUGGCCAAGGGGAGUUGGGAUUUUUUUUACUUUUUGAGGGUGUGGUGGGGAAAACAGAGCCAAUGAAUCUGAGGGUUGUUAGAAUGUAAUGCUUCAUAGCCACUCCCCUGGCUUUGGAAGCCUCACCAAAGCCCUGUCUUGCCACUGUAGCUCCAUCCUGUUACUUACUAACUGCCCAGUAACCUUCAGGACUGACAAGUUCUUUGACCGUGCACUGUGUCUCUACUCUGGGAUUUGGGUAAAAGGCAAAGUGGCUCUGGAAACUGGCAUGACAGUGUUCUCUAGGUAAUGUGCUCUGCUCAUUGUUUUCCUGGAACCCAAAACUCAGCAAAAAUCUCUUGAUUUGACCUCUCUUUGCCCUAGAGUAUUCCCUCCUUCUCCUGUUCAUCUACAUUAUUACCAUGCCAAGGAUUUCUUAGGUGCCUGAAUUAUUCACCGCUUAUUUAGAAAGCAGCAGGCAAGAACUGCUGAGUCUUGAUCCUGCUGCAUUGUUUUUGUCAGGCCUGUAGUAUCACAAAGAUUGCGAAACUGCCUAGCAGGUACAUGCAGUCUCCUUGAAGAACUGAAACCUAGAGCCUCAGAGGCUACAUGGGAGCCAAAUUCCCAUGGAAUACACCAACAGAGGCAGUAGCACUGUUCGCAGUAGAAUAUAGCUCAGCUAUGGAAGCAAGUAAGGUUGCAUGACUGGUAAUAUUUUAGCUUAAACAAAACUGUCUUACCUGAACAGCAGGAUCUAGCCUAAAGCAUUUUAAUUUCUUUUUAAUGACGAGAUUAUUGAGGGAAGAAUUUUAAGACGAUCUCUCUGUAAGUCAAAAGGAAAAAAAACCCUUGAAUUCAUUUUCAACAAUUUAGCAGAAUGCCUCAGCACCAGACAUGAUGUGAAGAAAUGAAGAUAAUUGUGUGCUCAGUGUUGUGCAGAAGAAAGAAUGGUAUUGUCUGGCUGGGAAAAUGGUUUGGCUGGGAGCCUAUAGAGCACAGCAGAAACUGUUUCAGCAGAGUUCAAUAUGAUCUGUUUCUGAGAAUCCCUGUGUAGCCCCCACAGUUAACACAGGAACCUAAUGGUGCCUGUAUAUUUAUAUAAUUAUGUUAACAGUCAUAAUUUAAGUUCAAAACCUGAACUAUAUAUAUUUUUGUCAGUAGAUUUUUUUUUUUUACCCUGGUUUACCUAUCAUGGCUUCCACAUAUGACAACUUCUAACUGUGCAGUGCACACACCUGUUGUCCUUUUGUCCCAUGGUAGAGUAAUGGUAUUCAAACUCUGUAAAGCACUUUUGUGAUGUUUCCUGUGAAGAAAGCCGAAGAAAAUAAAUUUAUCUUAACAGC